CGGCCGGCAUCGAAGGUGGCGGUAGUCGCGCAUUGCCCACUUGACGGAAAGGCUGCCGCUGAUUGCUUCGAGCGAGCAACACCACGUGCAUGCUACGAUCUUUUUUAUAACUCAUCUCCAAAGUUUCGAUUAUUUUUCGCGAGUUUUCGCAGUUUUUCUUUCGUUUCUCUUUACUGGUUGCAUACGUCGCGGUUCCGUGCAGUGCAACCGAAUUGCGAGCGAGAGUGGUGAACGCAGGAGGCUGCGGUUUGGCGUAAGGGAUGAUCUAGUGACGAAGUGAUAUUAUGGUGAAACAUUUGUGGUGGUUGCGCACGUGAUUAUUGAUAGGAGGGACAGGAAGAACACGCGGGAAUUUGCAACAUGUUGUUCAGAUACAUGGUAGCAACUCUUCUGUUGGCGUUCAGCAGUUGUUCUAUUACAACCAACUCUCCAGAACUUGCAGCACCGUUUUUUGAUGGAGAAGAAAACGACCUCGGAGAUAAAGAGUACGAUUUGCUGGGAUUGCUGAGAACUGAUUUUGUCGAAUCAAAAACGCAGUACAUAACGACAGGACCAGAUGAUUUUCCGGUUUUCGGACUACGUCCAGGGUCGGAUUUUAAGGCGCCCUAUCGAUUUUACUUGCCGGAACGUAUAUUACCGCAUUUUUCUAUCCUCGUUGGAGUUAAACCCAAUUCCCACGGGCAAGCAUAUGUUUUCGCCGUCGUACAUCCGAAAGAAACUAAGGUACAUUUCGGUAUAAAAUUAACACCGGUCGAAGAGCAAACGAACAUCUCCCUUAUUUAUACGUAUCCUAAUCAAUAUGAGUCCCAAUCUAUAGCCGAUUUCCUAGUUCCUAAAUUUGACAAUACAUGGACCAAAUUUGCGUUCCAAGUUACACCACAUAAUGUGACCCUGCAUCUUAACUGCAAAAAAGAAGCGACAGUCGAAUUAACCGAAGAACUCCAGCCACUUACUUUCAACUCAACAUCGACAUUCUACGUAGGACAAGCAGGUCCUAAAUUAAAUGCAGCGUAUGAUGGUGCCUUGGAGCAACUUAAACUCUAUUUUGAUCCGUCAAUGGCAGCAGUUCAGUGCAACACUGGAUUUCAGGGAUUUCAAUCAGGCGACGGAUCUCCAGAUACUUGGCCAGACAUCGAUAAGCGUCAAUUUAGCAUCGACGCACCGGCCAGUAUGCUGAGUUAUAUUUCGGAACACAUCCCUUAUAAUGUGGAGUUCCUACCGUGUUACGUAGAAAUUAACGAGUAA